AUGUCCCCAUAUCGAGCUCAAGUCUCCAUCAGUUAACAGAAAGAGCCGAGACCAGGGCGCAGUGUGAACGUGUCCUCCAGCUCCGUUCAUCAAACUCUCUCUGCCUUUUCUUUCUUUCUCUUGUUUUUACUCACAAACGAACGGGAUUAAAUUUCGCAUUGCACCUUUAAGAAGCUGUCACCGGGAUUAGAGUUACGCGCAGCGACACGAGAGGUUUUACGCGCCGUCGGUGUCCAGAGGAGACAUUUCUUUCCCCUCUGCCUGGUCCUGACGAACCUCCAUCCAUGGCCGAGAUAGGGAAAGGGGUCACCGCCGGGAAACUGGCCAUCAACGUCCAGAAGAGACUGACCAGAGCUCAGGAGAAGGUGCUGCAGAAGCUCGGCAAAGCGGACGAGACCCGAGACGUCGCCUUCGAGGAGAUGGUGGCCAACUUCAACAAGCAGAUGGCAGAAGGCACCAAACUGCAGAAAGACCUGAAAGCCUACCUGACAGCUGUGAAAACGAUGCACGACGCGUCGCGGCGGCUGCAGGACUGUCUGGCCGACAUGUACGACCCCGAGUGGUUCGGUAAAGAGGAGAUGGACUCGCUGGUGGAGGACACAGACACUCUGUGGUUGGACUACCACCAGAACAUCACCGACAAAUCUCUGGUCACCAUGGACACGUACCUGACUCAGUUCCCUGACAUCAAGGCUCGUAUAGCGAAGCGGGACAGGAAGAUGGUGGACUUUGACAGCGCCCGGCAUCACUUCGCCUCCUUACAGAAAGGAAAGAAGAAGGACGAGGCCAAGAUCGCCAAGCCAGCAGCCCUGUUGGAGAUGGCGGCUCCCAGCUGGGCUCAGGGUUUGAUAUCAGCCCACCAGGUGGCUCAGACUAACCUCUCCUACAACCAGGCGGAGGAGGAGCUGGGCCGAGCUCAGAAGAUCUUCGAGGAGCUGAACGUGGAGUUGCAAGACGAGCUUCCAGGACUGUGGGACAGUCGUGUUGGCGUCUAUGUUAACACAUUCCAGAGCCUGGCAGGUCAUCAGGAGAAGUUCCACAAAGAAAUGAGCAAGCUCAGCCAAAACCUGAACGACAUCAUGACCAAACUGGAAGAGCAGCGGGAGCUCAAAAAAGACCCCACGGCCGCCUCCAAACCAGGAGACCGUGCUAAGAGUGAGGAAGCCAACCACAGUGACUCUGCCAGCUCAGCACCAAAGGUGGUGCAGAAACCCGGUCCCCCUCCCAGCCGACCCCCUCCCAGACUAACGCCGUCCCCGGACCUGAGACAGCAGCAGCAGCAGCAGCAGCAGCAGCAGCAGGAGGUCGUCCCUCUAGAGGACGACACUAACACAGACUCCGCCACCGCCACCACCACAACAACACCACCACCGCAGGCGCCAUCUUGGGACUCGUGGCGAGAACAGGCCGACACAGAGCAUUCAGCUCAGUACGAGGAGGAGCAGUACCCAGAGGAGGCCCAGGGUGGCUGGGAUUACAACACUCCUCAGGGCUACACCAGUCCGAGCUGGGAGGACGACGGAGGCUACGCCGAGCCCAGCUGGGACGACGACGGCGCCAAGGUGGUACAGAGUGGGAGCUGGGGAGAUGGUGAUGAUGAAGAAGGACAGAGUGCGGUGACCAACGGCUCCGAUGGCGACCUCCCCCCCGGGUUCCUCUACAAGGUGAAGGCGAUACACGAGUACGCCGCCACUGACGGCGAUGAGCUGGAGCUGAAGACCGGAGACAUGGUGCUGGUUUUGGCAUUCGACAACCCAGACGAGCAGGACGACGGCUGGCUCCUGGGCGUGCAGGAGUCUCACUGGUUGCAGAAGAAAGAUAUUUCAGCCAAAGGUGUUUUCCCUGAGAACUUUACCCAGAAGGUUUGAGGGUUUGAACCCCCCCAGGAUAUGCACAGAUCCCACCCCCUGUUGUCUGUCUGCUCCUGUCGACACAGGAUUAGAAUCAGAAAUACUUGGACAUCUCGUAUCACGUUUUAUGAGGUUGAAACCAGUGCCAGUAAAAGAUAAAAGAUGAUAGAGAAUUUGGUUUUUACUGCGACUCACAGUAAUAAUAACAAUUUAAACCCCAAAUCAAACUAAGAAUUAUUCUCGUUUUUGCUGAACUCUAACUAAACACAAGCCCGUGUGUCAGAACUAUUUACACAGGAAUAAUAACUCGAGGACGUACAGUAUGAAUGUCAAAAUAUUUUAUGUUUUUUUUUUUUUUUUUGGAGAAAAGGUAUGUUUUAAGAACCUCAACGGUUCCUUGCAUGAAGCUUUUCAUUUACUUUGUAACACAGCGAACACUGUGACGCUGGGAGGGGGAGGACGGUCGCACUGUGGAGAAAAGAAAAAAAAAAUACUGGUGUCCUAGAACGGAGCCCUGGGGAACACCACCAAUAUAAAAAGUAUGGGUUUUUCUAUUAGAGUUUCUUCUUGGGCUUCAUAAAAGUUAUAAAAGGGAACAGUUGCUUCACAGUAAUAUCACGGUUCAAUACAGCUCAUGAACUUCACGUUUUCUGAAAACAUCUUUCAUUUGAGUGACUCUGGAUCUUCAGUCCUUCGCUGCAUGAAUAAAACACUGGAUCUCAACUGUGCAGAAAUAUAUUUUUCCAGUAAAAUGAAUAAAUUGCAAGCAGCUAAAUGAGAGACUGGGGUCAAGACGGAAACCGAAGGUGAACCCACGCUUCUGGUGGUAGCUAAACGCACCGUAAAGAUGAAUAAAACAUGACAGUGUGGUAUGUUUAUUACCUUUUACUUUCUUUGAGGCGUUCGCAACUGGAUUCAUUUAAUACAUUUUCUUUGAAAAUAAAACUAAAUAAUCUUG